AUGAAUAGGACGAAGGCGGACCAGAUCCUUGCCUGGAGCCGGCAAGGGUCCUUAUGGCCGCUAACAUUUGCCCUGGCUUGUUGCGGUGUCGAGAUGAUGGGGGGAUCCAUGCCAAGAUAUGAUCAGGAUCGACUGGGUAUCAUCUUCCGGGCUUCUCCACGCCAAUCCGAUGUUAUGUUAGUUGCCGGGACAGUGACCAACAAGAUGACGCCAGCACUCAGGCAGCUGUAUGACCAGAUGCCUGAUCCCAAGUGGGUGAUUAGUAUGGGUAGCUGCUCAAAUGGCGGAGGGUAUUACCAUUAUAGUUACAGUGUGUUGCGUGGAGUGGACCGUAUUGUGCCGGUAGAUAUCUAUAUCCCUGGCUGUCCGCCUACCCCAGAAGCUUUGCUGCAAGGUAUAUUCCUCCUUCAGAGGAAAAUCCGAAGAACCCCGGUGACAAGGAUGUGGUACCGCAGAUGA